AUGUUCAUCAGCCAUAGAAUAAUCUUACUCAAAAUCACAGAGGUGGAUGUAGCUGAUUCUGGUCUGUACUGCUGUGGAAUGUUUGAUAAAUUCAUAAUCUUCACCAAUGCGACUGUCCUGAAGGUCCAAGUUCAUGCGCUAGCUGGGACUGAGCCCUCUGCCAUACAACAGGAGAGUGGUCUCAUGUCAGCCAAUGUUGGAGACACAAUGGUCCUGCAAUGCCUCUAUAAAGGCGAAAUGGCCAUGCAUUUCUCCUGGUACAAGCAACCCUUCAGAGAAAAACCUCAUCUCAUCUCAACCGUCUAUAAGUAUGACAAAAGUGCUACAUUUUACCAUGAGUUUAAGGAUAACCCUCGGUUCUCAGUGCAAAGCAGCAACGGCGUAAAUCACCUCAGCAUCUCAGACAUGAAAGGCUCGGAUUCAGCCACAUACUACUGUGGGAGCGCACACUCAAACGUGGUGGAAUUUGGAAAAGGAACCAUUCUCAAUGUAAAAGGUUCAGAGUCCAACAGUAAGAUUGUGCUCCAGCAGCCUGUAUCUGAGUCAUUCCAGCCAGGGGUCUCUGUGACUCUGAACUGUACAAUACACACUGAGACAUGUGCAGGAGGACACAGUGUCUAUUGGUUCAGAAAUGGCUCAGGAGAAUCCUGUCCAGGAAUGAUUUAUACCCAUGGAGACAGGAGUGAUCAGUGUGAGAAGAGCUCUGAGGCUGGGUCUCAUACACAGAGAUGUGUCUACAAGCUCCCCAAGAGGAACCUCAGCCUCUCUGAUGCUGGGACUUACUACUGUGCUGUGGCUUCAUGUGGGGAGAUACUGUUUGGAGACGGGGCCAAGCUGGACAUUCAUGGUAAAUAUAAUAUGCUUGUUUAUUAA